AUGUUGACUCACCUUGAAAUUGUCCUUAGAAUCAAAGUCGACGUCAACAAAACACCUUCCAAAUUUAUGGCACAGGAAGGAGCCGUCUCGGACUCGGUCGAGUUAACGGUGCGUUGCGCCUUUCAGACUUCCAAAGAUAUCAGGGUCGUCUGCCCUCCGAACUGGACAAUACGAACGCUCAAAGAGCACCUUCAUCAAGCGGUAACAUCACAGCGGCUUAUUUUCUCUGGGGCUUGUCUCACCGAUGAUAUGGUUAUCAAGGAAAUUAUGGAUCAGCGAAACUCCGCAAACGCAUCAACUACCGCACCUCAGGCUCCUUCAGAUCCAACUCCAGCCUGGGCAACAAACUAUUACGAGUGGUACCAACGUUAUUAUGGAUCAGUCGGCCCUAGUCCGGAACAUGUGGCACGAUUGCAGCAAUACUCCGGUUACUAUGCUGCCUACAUGAGCCAAUGGCAAGGUUAUCAGAAUUUCAUGAUGGGCAACAUGGGAUAUGGCGCACUCCUAGCUCAAGGAAUGGGAUCUAGUGAGCCUUCUAUGAAUGCCAUGCACAUACCUGUUGCACAAGUUGUUAAUCAUGGUGGUCCAGCUAAUGCUGCAGCUCCGCCUCAGGAUGAUGUUAAUGUUGCUGCUGCAGCAGAACAGGUUCCGGCUGAACCGAAUGGAAUUGCAGUUCAAGGAGGCGGACGAGAUGUUUUGGAUAUGGUCUAUCGGGUUUUCAGAGUACUUCUAUUCUUAUCGGCAGUACUGCUUUAUUCUUCUCUUGAACGCUUUCUUGCCGUUAUAACGAUCGCCCUAUUUAUUUUCUUCAUUCAACUGAGGAGAAAUCAGCAAAGACAAGCUCGUGUGGCUCAACCAGCUGCACCGAAUGUUAAUAACAAUAACACAGGCGAACAACCACAUGAUGCAGUUGAAAACGCUCAACCAAUUUAUGUAGCACCUACACCGCCCAGUACACUUCAAAUAUUCUUCGCUACUUGCUACUCAUUCGUCACGUCAUUCUUCACGUCGCUCGUCCCUGACCACCCUGUUCCUGUCGAUUUGAAUUAG